CCUGCGCCUCCGCCUCGCUCUCUAUGGUCGCCGCGCGCCGCCUCCAAUGGCAGAGCGGGCCCCGCCCCGCCCUGAUCAGCUGAGGGCGGCAAUGUCUGUUGACAGGAGCCGCCUCGGCCGCGGGACUGGGCAUGUGAAGGCAAAUGGAGCGCUCGGAAGGAGGCGAGCAGAGCAGGCAACAGCAGCAGCAGCAGCCCUGGGGGAGGCUGACCCGGCUGGGUGCUGAGGAAGCGGAGCCGCACGUCCUGCUGCUGAAGAGAGAGUGGACGAUUGGCAGGAAGAAAGGUUGUGACUUAUCUUUCCCUGGCAACAAGCUGGUGUCUGGAGAUCACUGUAAAAUCAUAGUGGAUGAAGAGUCUGGUCAAGUGUCAUUGGAAGAUACAAGUACUAAUGGAACAGUAAUUAAUAAACUAAAAGUGGUUAAGAAGCAGACGCACCCUUUACAAACUGGAGAUGUGAUCUAUGUUGUUUACAGAAAAAAUGAGCCAGAGAACAACGUUGCUUAUCUUUAUGAAUCCUUAAACGCAAAACACGAUGCAACUCAAGAACCAGUAGCUGUAGAAGCUAAUGUAGAAAACCAAUGCCAUGUGACCAAAGAUACCUCAAGUACAGGAAGAAGUAAUGAUGAGAACCAAAUUACCUCAUCACCAUCAGCUACUCAGUCUUGCUAUGAGGAACCACAGCCAUCUACUUCUACAUCUAACCUCUUUAAUGCUUCUUCUACCUCUCUUAUUGAGUCUGCAUCUGUUGAACAGGAUAAUCCUUCUACAUCUGGAUCACAAUCCUCACUCUUCACUCCUGUGCCUGCUUUGCCCAUCUUAGAAUCUAUGUGUCUAAGAGCACUUCGUGAUGAACAUGAAAAGCUGGAUGUGAAUGCUGACAUUUCUGCAAUCACUUCAGAAAUCAGUGACAAAGAAAAUGCAGAAUUGGGUCCUCAAAGGACAGAGGAGGAAGAAGUUUUGGAACCUGCUAAGAAAAGACUAAAAGGAGAUGAAGGUGCUUGUCCAAAUCUUCCAGCAGCAGCUCCGCUUGAAUGUAUAAUUAAAAUUGGCUCUGAAGAUGCCAAAACGUCAAAUGUGAAACCAGAUAAGAUGGAGGAAACAUUAACUUGCAUUAUCUGCCAAGAAUUGCUGCAUGACUGUGUAAGCUUGCAGCCUUGUAUGCAUACUUUCUGUGCUGCCUGCUACUCAGGAUGGAUGGAAAGGUCUUCUCUGUGUCCAACUUGUCGUUGUCCAGUAGAACGUAUUUGUAAAAAUCACAUACUGAACAACUUGGUUGAAGCUUAUUUGAUUCAGCAUCCAGAUAAAUGUCGUAAUGAAGAUGAUGUACGUAGCAUGGAUGCUAGAAACAAAAUUACUCAAGACAUGUUGCAGCCUAAAGUGCGGAGAUCUUUUUCAGACGAGGAAGGAAGUUCAGAAGAUUUGCUGGAAUUGUCAGAUGUAGACAGUGAAUCUUCAGAUAUCAGUCAGCCAUAUAUAGUAUGCAGACAGUGCCCGGGGUAUCGGAGACACUCUGUUCCAGCUCUGCCUGGCACGGGCCAGGAGACAGAAGCAGGAGGAAUGCAAGCACUGGGAGAUGCACCCUCCACGUCUGCCAACUUUCCUGCAGCUGUCCAGGAAUAUGUGUGUCCUGCUCAAGGAAGUCACGUAAUCUGCACCUGCUGCUUUCAGCCAAUGCCUGACCGAAGAGCAGAGCGUGAACAGAAUCCUCAUGUUGCUCCUCAGCAAUGUACUGUUUGUCUGCAGCCCUUCUGUCACUUAUACUGGGGCUGCACUCGGAUGGCGUGUUUUGGCUGUUUGGCACCAUUCUGUGAAAUAAACCUUGGCGACAAGUGUUUAGAUGGAGUCCUAAAUAACAACCACUAUGAGUCAGAUAUCCUAAAGGAUUACCUGGCAUCCAGGGGUUUGACAUGGAAGAAUAUGUUAAAUGAAAGUCUGUUAGCUCUUCAAAGAGGAGUUUUUAUGCUGUCAGAUUACAGAAUUACUGGGAACACAGUGCUUUGCUACUGUUGUGGCCUUCGCAGCUUUCGAGAACUCGCCUACCAGUACAGGCAAAAUAUUCCUGUUGCUGAACUGCCAGUGACUGUCACAUCACGUCCUGAUUGCUACUGGGGACGCAACUGCCGAACUCAGGUCAAAGCACAUCAUGCCAUGAAAUUCAAUCACAUUUGUGAACAAACGCGAUUCAAGAACUGAAUCCUUGUAGUCUGUAGAGAGGGGACAAAAACUUGUCAUACUGCUUGUACAGUUCAAGGUUUCAGGGGAUCUUCUCUUUUCUCCCAUAGCAGGGAACCAAUAACUUCUGCAUCAGGUAAUCUGAAAUGAACUUCUUAAUUUGUAGAAUUUGACAACUGUGUAUGAAUGAGGUAGUUGGUUGUUUUUUUUCCAAGGAAGUCCAGCAAGCAUUAUGUUCCAUUCUCAUGACUACAACGUCCCUGUGUCGCUUCACUGAAGAACACAAGCAGAAAUAACUCACACAGAAACCAGCCAUAUCUUGGGAAGGCCUAAGAAUAAGGAGUGUAUUUGCACUACUUGUGAAGAAACUGAGAAUAAUCCUUAGACUUAAAAAAAUAGAAAUGUUUUGUAUGAGUAUCUGAUGAUUAUUUCAAGAGCCAUUAAUAUUUAAGAAGGAAAUUGUCCGUGUAUAUUUGUAACUGCAUUUUGCGGUGGUCUGCUAUUUUGUCACUACUCAUGGCUUUGGGGCUAGAAAUACACGAAUCUUCACUUAAAGAAAAGAAAUCCGUCCAAGGAACAGCUGUUUUAGCUUAAAGCUUGUACCAUAUGUACAGUGUUACAGUGGAAGUAGUACGAUUUCUUAUCUUAGUUUUGUCAUAUAGGUGGGUUUUAUUCACAUUAAAUAAACAAAAAUUAAUUGCACAGAAAUUUGAAAAUUGCAUUUAAGGUUGGGGUAAUACUUGAAGCAGAGCAGCCAUCUGCUAAUGUUACUUCUGUAGUAUUUUAUAUCAGAAGACCAAACAGUGCUUUUGACGUAGAGCAGCAGCCAGUAGGACACACUGGUUCAUUUUUUGUAUUUCUUUUUUGGUUUGAUAUUGUAUGCUAAGUAUGUACCUCUGCCAUGCAGCUGUUCUCUAGCAUGCAUACACUGGUUAAAAUGUAGAAAAAGCUAUAAUUUAAAACAGAAUAUAGCAGCUUUUCUUGAAAGAACAAUCUUCCAGAAAGCAAUUGACAGAUUGUAGCAAUAUGGAGGCAUGUCUAGCUUGGGAUAAGAAUGACGAAGGGGGACGCUGGUGUCUCUGUCAUUAACAGCAUAGCUUUUAUUUUCACGCCUUUUGGAGAGCUUGUUCCAGAAACAUCCCAUGCAUCACUUCAAAAAAAUAUCCCAGCACUAUUUCCACCCCUCGCCCCCCCUCACUCUCUCCCACUAUUAAUAUGAUUUAAUUACUUCAAAGCAAUUUGGUAGUUAAUGUUCACAAAGCUCUACUGGGACCAAUUCCUCUCUUUCAUCGAACUUAGAGUGAAACAGAAUGAGAAGAAAGCAUACCAUGUUACCUCUGUAGAUACCAUGUUCUUUUUAGGUAUGCCUUAUUUUGUGAGUAGGAUUUAUACUUCAAUAUGAAAAAGUGUACACAGCUAUCUUGUGUUAUAAUGGAGCACAAAUGAUGCAGCACAUUGUGUCUACUGGUGUCAGUGAGUUAAACUAUUUCCAGUAACGCACAUCUUAAUAUGAAUGCUAAUGAAAAUUAUGCAUUUAUGUUUAGAUUUUUAUUUUUUAAAAGAGCUGCCGUAAGGAUGGGUCUGCUGACCAUGCCUGUAUGCUAUUAAAAAUACACUUUCGUGUGGACUUCUCUUCCUAAUCUCUGGGCAUUUUCUCCUGUGAGUAGGAUUGAAAUUGGAUCUGGAAUAAUACUUGAAACUUUUUAACAACAUUGCGUUUCUGUCUUUUAGUCUUAUUAACAAUGUUCUGUUGCUUCUGUAUUUGUAUUUUAUGUUUAGAUUUUUUUAAUGGUUAUUGUUAUCUUCUCAGGACAACCAUCCCCAGCUGUUUUUAUCUCAUUUUUCAUCUCUGGCUGUGCAUGUAGCAAAAUGAGUGCAGUUGUGGAGAUCAAGCCUUUGCACAUUAUAUGCAGAAAUGUGCUUUGUGUUCUCAUUCACUACUUCCCACACCCCAGAUGGGCUCUCAGCACAGACUUGUCUCUGUGCUAGUGCUCGAGCCUCUUGUGCCGAGUUGGGUUUUUUUGGUCAAAAAUCAUGUCUGCGGUACUUGUACAACCUCACUUGCACUUCAAGUUAUGUUUAUGUGGCAAAAAAAGAAAACCACAAAAACCUGAGAAAGAAAUUGAGCUGACAUACUUAACAUCUGAACUACCUGUGCAGUAGAGGUUCUCCAAAUUCCCUUCAAAAAUACUCUUUAUUUUGCUGUUACAGAUAAUUGAUCUGCCUUUCUAUGCAUAUAGGGUUGCGGUAGUGCAAUGGAAUGAAGGGAUUCUUUUGUCAUUUAUAUUGGACUAGAUGGGAAACUAACUUACAGAUGGGGAGGGUGAAUAAAUCCUGAUCUUUAUAUGCUCUUACUUAGGUAAGAGUAUCUGUCAUGGGUAUUACAUACUCUAUAUGUUAGACCUUUUUAAUUGUAUGGUUGCCAGAUGAUAGUUAAUGUGAUAAAUGUACGAACUAUGCUUGGUGUAAUUGUUUAAAUACUGUAAAGGUGCAGCAUAUUUUUUAACCUGUUUAAAGCACACCCCCACCUCCUUUAUAAGAGAUACUUGGAAGCUGAGCAUGAAAUGUGGUAGAAUAGAUGCUGUAAAAGCCAGGGUGGUUAUGAUAGGCUUUGACGUAGUGGUGAAUAAAGUGUAUAGUCUCUUUGAGAGAGUUCUUUUAUAAAGAAGGUGGAGCGUAGUUCUUCCAGUUCUCUUUGGGUUGGUUUGGUUUUUUUGCUGAACUAAGAAGUUAUUAAUUAAAAAAAACUUUAAAAAA